ACUAUGACGCAGACAGGUGAAGCUGGCUUCCGAGAAAGUGCUUUUAGGCUGUUUUCUGGUUGUCCCAAUCUCGUAAUGAAUCUCCAGACAGAUGCUGUCCUGACAGUUUUCCGGAAAGGUCUCCAAGACUCUCAAAGUGUGCAUGUUCGGCUUGCUGCUCUCCAAGCCUCUGUGUCCUACCUUACUGCAUGUGAUCAACUUCAAUUAUCACACUCGCUCUCGCUACUCUAUUCAAUGCUAGACACAUUACCUUCCCUUCCCAACAUUCACCUUAAAUCCUUCCUCAGCUCGCUGACACUAUUAUGCUCAUCUCAUCCUAAUCUCUUUGUGCCUCAUAUGGAUGCCCUACUGUCUUUCUUGCGUGGUUUCAUAAUGCCAAGUGUUGACUCAGGCCUGACACCCAUGGUUGCUAAGCCAUUCCCCGGCACAUCAAGUUUCACGUUCCCUCCCAGCAGAUCUGGCAGUCGGACUCCAGAUGGCAAUGACGAAGUCACAGAGGACAAGGAGAAAGAGUUGGUCAGAAAAGCUGCAUUAGAAUUUAUGGUAAGUCUUACUGAGGCUAAGCCUGCAUUGGCGAAGCAUUCACAAGGAUGGACGGUGGCUAUGGUAAGAGCAUCUCUAGAGGGCAUGGGGGAAUUACCAGAAGACACGUUGGAUUCCUGGCUCAAAGCUGAUCCCUCAGAGGAUGCACAAGAUGAGAAUUAUCCUCAUGUAUUCGAGCAAUCCCUCAAUAGGGUGGCCUGUGCUCUUGGAGGUAAAGCAGCACUUCCUCUGGUGUUCCAAUAUAUUCCGUCAAUGCUCGCCAAUUACGACUGGAGAUUGAGGCACGCUGGCCUGAUGGCUAUCGCAGCCAUAGCCAAAGGCACGAACAAGGUGAUGCAAAUGGAACUUGGGAAGGUUGUUAACCUCAUUACUCCAAUGUUCAAGGACGCACGUCCACGUGUCCGGUAUGCCGCAUAUCAAUGCAUUGGUCAACUAUGUACUGAUUUGGAGGAAAUCAUUCAAGAUCACUACCACAAGCAAUUAUUCACUGCAUUGAUCCCAACACUAGAAGCGCCAGAACCUCAUGUGCACUCACAUGCCGCUGCUGCCCUGAUCAACUUUUGUGAAGGUGUCGAACGUGACACCCUUGUUCCUUAUUUGGACCCGAUCGUUGAGUGUCUGCUCAAGAUGCUCAAUCCAGGAGCUGAGGAUGGCAAAGUAGUCAAAGGUUAUGUUCAAGAACAAGCUAUUACAACUCUUGUUAUGGUCGCUGAUGCCAGUGAGGCAACAUUUGCUAAGCACUAUGCCUCCAUAAUGCCUCUUCUUUUAAAUGUUCUCCACAAUUCCAACAGUUCUGACCAUUACAAGCUAUGCGCGAAAGCCAUGGAAUGUGCUGGUUUAAUAGCAAUUGCCGUUGGACGUAAGGUUUUCCGCACUGACGCUGUCACG